AUGAAGAAGACGCGGAGUACGACCUUGCGGCGGGCCUGGCCUAGCUCCGACUUCUCUGACCGGGCCUCAGACCGCAUGAGGUCCCGCAGCGAGAAGGACUACCGGCUGCACAAACACUUUCCACCAGCGUUUAUUUCCCAGGCAUCACGGGGCUACAUGACAUCAGGUGAUGUAUCACCCAUCAGCAUGUCUCCCAUCAGUCAGUCACAGUUUAUUCCACUUGGGGAAAUCCUUUGCCUGGCCAUCUCAGCAAUGAACUCUGCCCGAAAACCGGUCACCCAAGAAGCACUAAUGGAGCACCUAACAACCUGCUUCCCAGGCGUUCCAACACCCAGUCCAGAAAUCCUUCGACAUACCUUGAAUAUGCUUGUACGGGAGAGAAAAAUAUACCCAACUCCGGAUGGCUAUUUCAUUGUAACCCCGCAGACUUACUUUAUAACACCAUCUCUCAUAAGAACUAACAGUAAAUGGUACCAUUUGGAUGAGAGGAUACCUGACAGGUCUCAAUGUACCUCUCCACAACAAGGAACUAUAACUCCAUCCACCUCGGGAUGCGUCAGGGACCGAACACUACCCAAAAACCACUGCGACUCCUGCCAUUGUUGCAGAGAAGACAUGCACAGCAUGCAUGCAUCUACCCUGCAGAGGAAAUCAGCAAAAGACUGUAAAGACUCUUACUGUCCUCCUUCAUUGUGUCAGGUCCCACCUACUGAGAAAAGUAAAAGUACUGUCAAUUUUUCUUACAAAGCAGAGACACUCACAAAGCCUAAGGAUGUAGAAAAGCAGUCUAAGAAAUUUGGACUCAAAUUAUUUCGAUUAAGUUUUAAGAAGGACAAGACAAAACAGUUGGCAAACUUCUCUGCCCAGUUUCCUCCAGAGGAGUGGCCACUAAGGGACGAGGACACCCCUACCACUAUACCUAGAGAGGUAGAAAUGGAGAUUAUCAGGCGCAUUAACCCAGAUUUGACUGUGGAAAAUGUCAUGAGGCACACUGCACUAAUGAAGAAACUUGAAGAAGAAAAAGCUCAACGAAGCAAAGCAGGAUCUUCAGCUCACCACAGUGGACGAAGUAAAAAGAGCAGGAAUCACAGAAAGUCUCAUGGGAAAUCGAGGUCACACAGCAAGACCCGGGUGUCCAAAGGAGACCCAUCAGAUGGCUCUCAUUUGGACAUACCUGCUGAAAGGGAGUAUGAGUUCUAUGAUCCCUUGACUCGAUCCCCACGGGAAGGCUGUUUUAUAAUAGAACACAAGGGAGAUAAUUUUAUAAUGCACAGCAAUCCUAACAUGAUUGAAUCGCAUUUUCCCAUGACACCAGAGUGGGAUGUGUCUGGGGAGCUGGCCAAAAGAAGAACUGAAAUGCCUUUCCCUGAACCUUCCAGGGGAAGCUCUCACUCUAAGGUCCAUCGGAGCCACAGCCAUACACAGGAUAGAAGAUCAAGGAAUGAGCGGUCCAGUAAGGCUAAGGAAAGGUCUAGAUCCAUGGAUAACUCCAAGGGACCUCUGGGCUCAACUACUUUAGGCACACCUGAAGAUAUAGGUGAAGGCUGUAGCCCAGAUGACCAAACAACUAGCCAAACUUUCAUUGACGAUAGUACCUUAAGGCCAUCUCAGUCACUCAGUCAUCAAAGGGCUCUGAUUUCAUCUGCAAGCUACAAAGAGACUUGCAUCCCUGAAAUAGCUAGUGGCAGUGUAGAAACCCCUAGUUCCUGUAGCCUGUUGGAACAAAGCAAGCCUACAGAGAAUUUGCCACCAUACAGCGAGCUCAACUCCUGCACUACAAAAUCUGUAGUUGAUGACUAUUUUCAAUGCAACACAUCCAGUGAGACUGUGCUUACUGCUCCGUCACCACUGGGAAAGAAUAAAGAGGACCAUGAUACGCUGACAGGGACAGAUGGGCUCAAAAAAAUUACUCCUGCAGAAAGACAGUCUCAACAUAUUGCUAGGGAUCCUGGGGUGCACAAAGAUGAGUCCCCAAAGGGCCCAAGCACUGGUACAGCAGUUGCUGGCCAAACAUCAGAGGUGAUUGCAAACGGGCGGCUAGUUCAACACCAUAGUGCUGAAUCAAGCAGCCUUGAUAAAAGGAAAGAAAUAUUUAGCAAGGAUACACUCUUUAAACCUCUGCACAACACCCUUUCUGUGAAUAGUUAUCAUAAGUCCAGCACACCCCUGCUAAAGCCUCAUCAAAAGACCCCCUCUGACACAUUGCCAGUCAGAUGUGAGAAACUUGAACAAGCGAUAGUAACCUCAGGCACACAAGUCACGCCUGUUUCACAGAGACAGCAAGAGACAGCUGGGAACCAGGAGGCCUCCUUCGACUACUACAACGUAUCUGAUGAUGACGACUCGGAGGAAGGAAACAACAAAAAUGCUGAGGAAGAAAAGAACAGGGAUGAUGUUGGUACAAUGCAGUGGCUCCUAGAGAGAGAAAAGGAGAGGGAUCUGCAGCGAAAGUUUGAGAAGAAUCUUACUCUUCUCACCCCAAAGGAAACAGAAAAUAGCAACAACCAGAGAGCCACUCACUCAGCCCGCCUGGACAGCAUGGACAGCAGCAGCAUUACUGUGGACAGCGGGUUCAACUCUCCACGUACUCGUGAGAGCCUGGCAUCCAACACUUCAAGUAUUGUUGAAAGCAACAGACGUCAGAACCCUGCUCUGAGCCCUGCACAUGGUGGCGCAGGCCCAACAUUCACCUUCCGAGCCACUGCAGACCCACCGACAAGUGAAGCUGAGAAACUGCAGAAACCUGCUAACUGCCUGCAAGCUUCUGUCACUAGUGUCUGA